AUGACGUUUAUUAGACUAUUAGUAAGGGUAGCAUGCGGUCAAGAAACCCGAGUGAUACCCCGUCUCCUUCAGCUCCGCUUCCACUGGCUAAAAUCCGAGAAGGAAUCGCUGCGCCUCGAGCAAGCCGGCAUAACGAAGAACGUGCUCGACGCGGCCAUAGCCGCCUUCACGUUGGAAAUAAUCGCGAAACACGGCGAACCCGCUCCCAGGCUGUGCAACAAGGACCCGUUGACCAUCAAGAUGGGCACCUACGUAAUAGAUCUGUUUCCGAACGCCAAGUUUAUAUUCAUGGUGCGUGACGGGCGCGCGACCGCACACAGCAUCAUAACGCGCAAAGUGACAAUUACCGGGUUCGAUCUGACCAGUUACAGGCAGUGCAUGAAAAAGUGGAACGGUGCCGUCGAGGCAAUGAACAAUCAGUGCCGCGAGCUGGGCUCGACGAGGUGCCUCAGGGUGCCGUACGAGCAGCUGGUGCUGCACCCGAAGGAGUGGAUGGAAAAGGUGCUCAAGUUCCUCGACUUGGACUGGGACGAUGCGGUUCUGCAUCACGAGGACUUCAUCAACAAUGGCAUCAGUUUGUCAAAGGUUGAAAGGUCGUCAGACCAAGUAAUAAAGCCAGUAAACCUCGAAGCGCUUACCAAAUGGGUGGGCAACAUUCCCGAGGAUGUCGUCCGCGAUAUGGCGGACAUCGCGCCCAUGUUGUCCGUGCUGGGCUAUGAUCCGUACGCGAACCCGCCCAACUACGGGCACCCGGACGACCACGUGGCGCGCAAGACAAACGAGAUCCUCAAAAACAAAACGGUGUGGGAGAAGAAGGCCAAAGAGAUGUUCGACGGGUGGGAUAUGCACCUGGGCGGCGACACCAAUUUAGACAAAGAGCCCAGUGACAAUCCCAACAAUACCACGAUCUUCCAUGAGGUUCAUACUCAACAUCCUUUUGGUGAUCGCAUAAUUGGAUCAUUUUUCUUACCAAAAAAUUUAAAUGAAGCUACUUAUUUAGACUUGUUGGAGAGUGCCAUCAAGCCAGCGCUGAUCGAAAUUAUGGAAAACCAUGAAGAAAAUCCGAUAUUUCAGCAAGAGGGGGCUCCUCCCCAUUAUGCAUUAUCUGUACGGCAGUUUCUGGAUAAAACGUUUCCUGGUAGAUAA